ACGCCGCCAGCGAGGACGAAAGCGACAGCGACAGCGACAGCAGCAGCGACAGCAGCAGCGACAGCAGCAGCGACAGCAGCAGCGACAGCGACACCGGCAGCGACGACAGCAGCAGCAGCAGCAGCAGCAGCUGCGCCAGUGACAGCGAGGACGGCGACGAAGACAACGACGUCGAACGCCCAGAGUCCAAGGUUGCAUGCCCCCUGACGUCCGGCAACGACAAGGAAGACGAUGUCGCACGGCCACCGUGGAAGAAGCCCAGGCGCCUCUGAAAGGUCGCCCGGUUCGCGCGGCCGUGGAGCGAGUGCAUCCUCGCACCAGGCGCAAACGUCCUUGGUCGUGGACGAAAACCUCCCCGCAACGACUCCGCCGGAGCCUCCGACCGUGGACGGCGCUGAACUUCAAGUUCAUCACCGCUCUGCACGUCACCCUUCAGCCGCAGGGACUACGAGCUCGCGGGGGGAGGGUAGUCGUUCAUCCUCGACUCCUGGCCAGGCGUCCUCGUUAGGGGCCGAAGCUGGCGACCACUUCCAUGACAAGGACGACGAUCACCCCGCGACGCCUUCGCCUCGACGAUCUGGUAGGCGUCCUAGUCCUUCCGCUCGGGCAAGGGCUGUAUCUGCAGAUGCCGCGUCUUCCGCGGGCAGAGAUGCCCGGGGGGCUGCGACAUCCGCCGACGCGCUCUCUCCUGCCGCUCCCAGUCCGGCUCGUCGUGGACGUGGCCGUCCCCGCAAGGAGUCUCAAGCACCCCCCGUCCCCAAGCGGCGCCGCGGUCGACCCCCCAAUGUUCGUCCAGACAUGCCAUCUCCGAACGGCGGUGCUGCCGGUUCGUCUCCUCCUGCAGCUGCUGCUGGUCCUCCUGCGCUUCACACACCGGACGCCACCGAGCCAGGUUCCUCCCGUUCGACGCCAGCCGCUACCCUGCGUCGUGGGCCUGGGCGCCCUCGUAAGCAGACCAACACGUCGGCAACGCCCGUCCGCAUUUGUCCGACCACAGGAGACAAGGUUGACGACCUCCUCGACAGCGGCAUCGGAGCACAACACGACUUCUCUUUGACCAUCUCCGCCAGGAACAGCGGGAACGUUGAGUCUCACGGCUUCGAAUAUGUUGACAAGUACUUGCAAGAGCGAAUGGUGCGAGGGCUCGUUAGCCUGGAGCGGGGAAACGUCCACGGCAACCUACACCUUCAAGGUAUCCUUACGGCGGGGUUGGUGAAGCACUUUGACGACCCCAGGAAAGAGGAAGCCGCCAUGCGGAAAAGCAUGCGCCAGGCGUGCGAGUGGAAAUCGCAUGUCAAGGUCAAGAUCGUCAUAAAACGUCUGAUGCGGCAGCAGACGUUCAGCGGUAUGCUCGGGUACUGCUCGAAGGAUCAGGGGCGGCCACACUGACCUCGAGCAAAGGGGUUUCGCAGACGGAGAUAAACGUCGCCCUCGCGGAGUACCGCAAACUCCAACGUGCGUGCGUGACGGAGGAUCGAGUGGAACUCGGCAAGAAGAACUUCUGGGGUCUACUGCGUCGAUUCAAGCAAGAACACCUACGGGGCAUCUCCGUGUCCCCCCUCCAGAUGGUCACGUGGAUCAUCCAAGACCAGCAAGCCGUGCCGUCCUCAUCGUAGAUCUGCCCCAGCAGCGCCUUCCCCAUGGACGCCGCGCGUGCUGACGCCUUCGGCAUCGCCCUCUUCUGCCCAUCCUUGUUCAUCCGCAAACAUGCAUAUCUGCUGUUCUUCGCGGGUGGACAAGGUGGCCGCAUAACCACGUCACACGAAGACUGGGACAUGCAGGACCGGGAAUUCGCUGACAUGACCGUCGACCAAGCCAAGGUUUGCUCGCAUGAUCGCCUGGAACUGGAGGGCGCCAUGGACGCCGCCCGUGAGAGAGCCGUUCGUGAAGUCGCGAACGCCCGGCGCCAUCUUCCCGGGGUGGCCAACUUCGGCUUCGGCCCCGACUCCGACUCCGACGCAACAUCCGACGUGGGGGCCCGCGCGGCACCGCCGCCGCGAUCUCGUCGGGUGUGGGCUGGUAUCGGCCGCACAAGCAACGACUUCUCCGAGGCGAACGAGCCUCUCCCGCUCAUCGUCAGCCCGAAGUGCAUUGAACCAGGGUGUACGAACGCCGAGAACAUGGGCAUGAUCUCCUGCGGACGCUG